CCCUCUUUCAUUUCAUCAGCAAAUGCCUCCAAAAAGUCCAAACUGAACGCCCACUUUACAUUCUGAAUACAAAGACAAAGAUCGAUCAAGUAUUCAAGUUGUAUCCACCAACGCCCACAGUUUCUUUUUUCAUUACCAAGAAUCGUCAACAACAACAAAACAGUUAUCCACUUGCUUAACCCUUUUUCUCUCUCGAUCGACUCGGAUAAACAACUGCGGGAAACAACAGUCGAUUCUGGAGAUCAUAUCAUUCAUUAUUUCAUUCCCCCUUAUCUUUUCCUUCUAACUUUCCAUCCUUUUCUACUUUUUAAAUCAAGUGAGAAAGAGAAAGAAUACUCAAGUCUAUUUGUCUUCCAUCAGGUGUAGAACCCUUUUUCUUAUUUAAGAAUUCAUUCCCACCAGUCGCUCUGUAGUCGUCUUCUUUCCUUUCUCUUCCCUUUCCCUCCGUCGCUCCCUUUUCUUCGUUCUUUCUCUUUCCCUCGUGAAAUUUCGUGGGCGGUUUUGUCACUGUCUAAACGUAUCUGAUCCCGCUGGCUACGAGAUUUCGUCUCCACUGAUUGAUUGGCAUCCACUUGCUGUAGGGGUUCUGAUUUCUUCUCUACUUCGCUCGUCUAAGUAGGGCAGAGAUGGGUAUAUACCUCAGCUCUCCCAAAACAGAGAAAUUCUCCGAGGAUGGAGAAAAUGGUAAGCUCAGAUAUGGCUUAUCAUCCAUGCAAGGCUGGCGUGCAACCAUGGAAGAUGCGCAUGCUGCUUUGCCUGAUUUGGAUGAUUCUACUUCAUUCUUUGGUGUGUAUGAUGGCCAUGGAGGUAAAGUGGUUGCAAAAUUUUGUGCCAAAUUUCUUCAUCAACAGGUUCUAAAGCACGAGGCAUACAUAGCUGGUGAUAUAGGAAGUUCUCUCCAGAAAUCAUUUUUCAGAAUGGAUGAGAUGAUGCGGGGACAGAGAGGGUGGAGAGAGUUAGCUGUUUUGGGUGAUAAGAUAAACAAGUUCACUGGCAUGAUUGAAGGGUUGAUAUGGUCUCCAAGGGCUGGUGAGAAUAGUGAGCAACAUGAUGAUUGGGCUUUUGAAGAGGGGCCUCAUUCUGAUUUUUCUGGACCUACUUCUGGCAGCACGGCUUGUGUUGCAGUUAUAAGAGACAAACAUCUUGUUGUUGCAAAUGCUGGUGAUUCUCGAUGCGUGAUAUCACGAAAGGGGCAGGCAUACAAUCUGUCCAGAGAUCACAAACCUGAUCUUGAGGCUGAGAAAGAGAGGAUUUUGAAAGCUGGUGGCUUCAUACAUGCAGGACGUAUCAAUGGCAGCUUGAAUCUUGCAAGAGCAAUUGGUGACAUGGAAUUCAAGCAGAACAAGUUCUUACCUGCAGAAAAGCAAAUUGUGACAGCCAAUCCGGAUAUUAACACUGUUGAGCUUUGCGAGGAUGAUGAUUUUAUUGUUCUAGCAUGUGAUGGAAUAUGGGACUGCUUGUCCAGCCAGCAAUUAGUGGACUUCAUUCAUGAACAACUGAAGUCGGAAACAAAGCUUUCAACAGUCUGCGAGAGGGUACUUGACAGGUGUUUAGCACCAUCCACAUUAGGGGGUGAGGGAUGUGACAAUAUGACAAUGAUCUUGGUUCAGUUUAAGAAAUCAGUCGAGCCAAGUAGUAGCUCCGCUGACGCAGAUGGACAAACCUCUCAAGCCGAAGUUGCUGCUGUUAACCCUUCUGAGCCCAUUGUACCUACUAGACCAGAGGGAGCUGAAUGAAGAAGGGUAUCAAGCAGAUAUAGUCUGCUGUUUGUUCGGUAAUAUUAAAUUCUCUCGUCGACAAUCUGUUCCUGAGGUCUGCCCUUUGCUUCCCUUUGUAAAAAAGCAGAGGACUUUGCUUUUUAAUCCAUGGUACUCUGCUUGAAGAGUGUGUUCUUUUUCCUCAACCACAUCAUCUCAUUUUAGAAACUCUGUACAGGUCUUGCUGCUGACAAACGUUGAUAUAUUGGUAUAUUUUGGAGUUGCUUCAUGUCUCCUCUUAUUAUUAUUAUUAUUAUCUUUUCAACAGGAACUCAUUAGAUUUCGAGUCGAAAUGGUCAAAACCUGCUCAAUCUGUUUGUUUGAUUAUCUUUUUUUCAUGUCGGUAUGAGGAUAUCCAUAUCUAUUCCAUAUGUAUGUCAAGCAAGAGCUAUUUCCUGCUGAGUUUGUCUGUUUGAGGAUCUUUUUGCAUGUUGGAGUGAAGAAGUCUAUGCAGCUAUUCCAGAUCCAGAUGCAAAAGCUACUGUGAAAUUCUGUUACACGAAAACGGGCAGAAAACAAGGAAAGAAUACUCGUUUUCAACGAGAAAGUUUGAGCAUUUGUUUCCUUCAUUUGAAGAACUCUUGAAAGAGUACUUUCUGUCUCUCUAUUCUCUAAGUCCACUAAAAUACCUUACAAAUAGUCUUUCUCUUG